GGGAGCCCGCACCGCACCGCACCGCACCGCACCGCACUCGCGGACCCCCCCUCCGAGCCGGGCAGGAUGGUGAAGCUGGGGAACAAUUUCAACGAGAAGAGCACAAAGCAGCCCCUCCUGGAGGAUGGCUUCGACACCAUCCCCCUCAUCACGCCCCUGGAUGUCAAUCAGCUGCAGUUCCCGCCUCCCGAUAAGGUUGUGGUCAAAACGAAAACAGAAUAUGAGCCUGAUCGCAAGAAAGGAAAAUUCCGUACUCCAAAAAUAGCUGAAUUCACAAUCAGCAUAACUGAAGGAGUCUCAGAAAGGUUUAAGGUAACAGUCCUGGUCCUUUUUGCCCUUGCCUUCCUAACAUGUGUUGUAUUUCUGGUAGUCUACAAGGUUUACAAGUAUGAUCAUACCUGUCCAGAAGGAUUUGUCUUCAAGAAUAAUCAGUGCAUUCCAGCUGGGUUGGAGAACUACUAUUCUGAACAAGAUUCCAGCACUCGAGGGAAAUUUUACACGGUCAUAAACCACUACAAUCUGGCCAAACAAACCAUCACACGCUCAGUGUCUCCAUGGAUGACAGUACUAUCAGAAGAAAAACUGUCUGAACAGGAGACCGAAGCUGCUGAGAAAUCAGCUUAGUGCGAUAAGCAAACUGCUAAUAACAUGUCAUUUGAAAGUAACUAAGGGACUUUAAGGAACUUUUCAUUAGAUAUAAUUAUGGAUAAUUUAGAGGUUACUCAUGUUUAUGGUGCAAUUGCUUCUGUUUGCUGAUACUGCUUUGCAAAAAAUAAAAAAAACUUGCUGCAGAACAUUCAUGGGCAUAAAACAAGGUGCAUAUCAGCAUCGCUUUAGAGCUCUGACACCAUUUUCAAUGUUUAGAAAUCCAACUUUAGAUAUGUUCUUGCAAUUUAUUGGAUGCUGACAGAAUUCUCCACUGGAUUUUCAGGGGUUUGGAAGCUAGAUAAAUUGUAUGUUUUACUGUCUGAACUGAUACUUCAUGUUUUUUAAUCAGUCACCCAUUUUGCAAACUGAAACACCAUAUCCAUAACUAGAGUGAUCUCUUGUUUAGCUAAGAGCUGUUUUAAAAAUGUGUUUCCAGUUCAGAUUAGGAUGAUAUCAAGGGCAUGUUGUAGUGACUGUUAUGGAGAGAGGAAAGAAAAAUGGUCAGGUAGCAUUUUUCUCAUAUUUUUUUCCACUGUUGUUGAUUUGUAAGUGAUAAUGAUGUUUUUUGCAACAAGGCAUGCUCAAUGUUUUAUUAUUGCUGUCAACAGAUCUUCACUGCAUUUCCACUGUGGCUUUAGCAUCUUGGUAAGGAUGUGCACUGAAACACAAAUUACAUGGAUAUUAUGGGAGACAGACAUUUUUAGUAAUAAAUAUAUUCAGGAUUGUGAUUAAAAUAACCGCCAUAAACUUGUGGAGUAGAGGCUGCUCCAAUGAGAAAUCACACCCUUUGAUCAUACUUAAAAGGCUGAAAGCCCUUUCACUGUAGAUAAAGUCCACUAUGUAAUUGGUCUGAUAUAACAGAGGAAGGGAGUAACGUGUCUAAAUUGUUUCCAUUUUAUAUGACAUUAACAUUUUCCCUUUUUAUACAUUACAAAAAGCUUUGAGUUAAUUAAUUGAGUCGUAAUUUACUACUUUUUAAACACAGGGCAUCACAAGUGAAAUUGUAGCAUAUUAGGUAACACUACUUGCUGUUUUAAAGCUACAUGUCAAAACUGAGUGGAAAAGUAUAAUUGUUUAUGUAUAUGGCUUGGGAGGAAAAAGAUGUAGAUGAACAUAGUAUUGUGAAUGCACGUUCAAAUUUCAUUGUAUUUACUAAAUCCUUGACUAUUCGUUGUAUGAAACCAUGUUUUCAUUUUUAUUAUAAAUCUUAAAUAUAUAUUACAAAAACAUGAUUAAUUUGCCAGUUAGACAAGAUAAAUGUGUUAAGCAUUUAGGUAUGCAAGUCACUUUUUCCUUUCAUGUUACUUGAAUGUGAUAUUUCUAGUGGACAUGUCAAAAGUUUCAUUAUUUUUAUAGACGCUAUAUAAAAAUGAAGGGAGAAACACCAAAAUUAGGCUUGAAGCAGAACAAACAUGGUCAGCUCCACUUAUGGGUUACAGUUUUUCUUUUAUUACUAGCAUUUUAGUAUCAUGAACUUUUCAACUGAUAAAGUACAAGAUUACCGUUACUCAAUUCUAUAGGUUUGAUACAAACACAAGUGUGCAUUAUACAGUUAUGUACUGUAAAAGGCUUUUUAGUACUUCAUCAUGUUAUAUGGAAUGCAUAAAAAGCAAUAAAUUGUGUGCCAAAAUUUUUCUUUGCAUUUGAAAAAGUUCAGACCCAUCUGAACAUAUUAAGACAUGCCAUGUUUGUAUUUUCUAGUAGACCUGUACUUUAUUGAAUGUAAAUUAAGCCACAUGUAACUUUUGACAUUUUCACUCUGUGCAAAAUAAAGAAUAAGGAUGAUA